UUUGUGUGCCGCUAACCACUGACAAACAACUGUUGACUGUUUUUAAUUAAGCCGAAAUGGCAUUUAGAACGAUUUUUAUCCGGCAAUUCUGUCUUAAUUGGCGUUGUAGGAGCGACCCGCGUUCUUUGUCGACUUCAGCUUUGACUACAUGCCUGGGUCGCGUCACCGAUUCUAAAUUCAUCCCCCGGGAGAACAACUUCUCUCACCAAGUCCUCGAAAAGAUGGGGAAAUACUGCUUAGCGGAGUUGCCGAAGUUCGACGAAGCGAAGGCGGUCGAGUCGCCGAACGAGGUGCCCGACUGGAAAGCCAUGACGAUCCAACAGCUCUGCGACAAAGUAGAGGCGAUGAGCCACGAAGCGCACAAGUCCUCCCUCGACAUGGACGACCCGCGAUUCAAGUCCAUGUUCCAGGCGGUGAAAGAGAGAAGUGCAGAACUGGACGACGACCAGCUGGCCGGGCUUAUUUCCAACAUCGCCCUUUGGCCCUUCGUCAAUUCUGUUAUAGAAAGGGGAUUCCACGACUACUGGAAGGCCCUCGACGAGAGGUGCAUGGAACGCCGGACAAACUGGGACACGAAGAAGUUGCUUUACUUCAUCGACCUCUGGUACUUCGCACGGCUGGCCAGGCCGAGCGAUUUCGUCUACCUCGCCAUCAAGAAAUUAACAAAUAAGGCUGACAAGCUUGAUGCUCAAGCAGUUGUGCAAGUGCUGUUUUACCUCAACACCCUCAGGACAGUAAUGACAGGAGUAUCCAUUUACGAUCUUGAGCACCGAUUAUUAGAGGUGUUCAACACUCUUACCAUCGAGGAAAUCGGCGUAGCUCUCAUGGGGUUUUUCAAGACAAAACAUGUACUACACAAUCACAAGUUGAUGACUUUGAUCUUUGAACGGUUGAGGGAACAAGCAAGCACAAUACCUGAAGUGACGCUCGCAGCGAUACUAAAAGCACUACGUCUCAGCUUGACUUAUGAGGUUUUUGAUCAAGUACCACCUACUCUGGAUGUCCUGGAGAAAGAAAUAAGCAGGCUUAGUGUAACGACUUGUGUUCACGUAUCACUUCUAGUCUCAAGGGGUCUUACAUUUCAUCAAGGUUCUCUUACAAAAAUCGCCCAAAAAUUAGUCGAUAAUAUAACUGAUGCUAGACUUAAGGACAUUGAAAAAGUCAUUUACCCUCUCGUAUUGGUUAGCUUUGACCCACAUACCUAUCCUUGUAUAUUUGAGACAGUCAUGAAUGAACUUCAGAACCCAAAGAGGGAGGAGGAAAUUGAAACACAUCCAAAGACGUAUGUAGCACUCUUGCACUAUUUGAGCAUCAGGAAUUUUGUUCUCGAACCUCUUAUCGCCAAGGUUCUUGAUGAAAAUUUCAUUUUAAAAGUUUACGGGAAAGUCAAAUUCAAUAUUGGGAGAGAAAUUCUUUGCCUUGAUACAUUUGUUCGCUUGCAAUGUCCAAAUUACAAGGGACCAAAGCUGAACGAAAAAACCAGAAAUUAUCUUUCUAAGAGGUACUCCCAGCCUAUACAAGCAAACAAGCCAUCGAAACAUAUGCAGUAUUUUAUGGAUGUGCAGCAAACUCUAGAAGCGAUGGUUGGUAAAAACUACGCUUGCAAAUACUUAUUACCGAAUCACCCUCGAGCAGAUCUUGUUUUCAGAUAUGAGAACGGCAUAAGCUUUCCUUUGCCCGACAGCAUCGCAAAUAGCGAAAAUUUUACCGGAAUAAUUCCACCACCUGAGGAGGGAAAAUGGUUCGUACUUGUGGUCGGAAGCAGGAAUAUGUUCUCCCAUAACUCCAACAUCCCAUCAGGCGAGACUAAUUUAAAGCUGAGACAGUUGAAACUUUUAGGAUACAUUCCACUGUUGGUUCAUUAUAUGGAGUGGCCGUGGGUGAGCACAAUUCACAAGAUGGACUAUCUGAAAAAGCUGAUAGCCAUUUAAAAAAAAAUCAAUAUGUUUUUUGUAAAUAUUUGAAUUUUUAGUGUAAAUAAAGACUGUUUUGUAAUAAAUCGACAUUCACUAGUCUAA